AUGGAUAAAAGAGAGGUAGUUUAUGUAAUCAGAAAUCUACCAUACAAUUUAGAAAAAGAAAAAUUUUCGUUAUCAAUUUCCACUGCAUUUUCAGAAGAAACAAUUAAGAUCAUCGAAUAUAUCCAAGGUAAAAAAGGUUCAAAAGAUAUUACUCCAACAAGAUGUUAUGUUAAAAUUUUUAAUAAGGUUGGGUCAAAGAGUAGUGAUGCAUUUUUAGAUUUUAUGGAUGGUAAGUCAUUUGUCAAUAAUAAAGGUCUCGAUGAACAGUGCUCUGUCGAAAAUGUACCAUUCUUUUUAAAUGCUGAACAAACAAAAAGAAAUACCUCUAUGGGAACUUUAGAAUCAUCAAAAACAUUCCAAUCAUUCCUAAAACAAUUAGAGCUACCAACCGAUUCUGUUCAAAACUUUGACAUUAAGAAAAAUGAUAACCAAGAAAGUUGGCCAAUUGUUGAUAUGAUUUUAAGAAGAGACGGUAAAAAAGAGAAAAGACAGAAAUCUAAAGAUGGCCGUGAAAAGAGAAAAAAAAGAGAUAAAAGAAAGAGAAAUAAAAGACAAAAAGAUAGACAAAAACAAAAAUCACCAGAAGAUGGAGGCUCAGUUACUAAUUCUUCUUCAACUCAAAAUAUAACAACUAUAUUAUCUCCCUCCUCCUCCUCUUCCUCCAUUCCAACUUCAUCUUCUUCCUCUUCAUUAUCUCAAAACAAACCAAGAUCAAAACGUCAACCAAAAGAAAGGAAACCAAGAGAAAGAAAACCAAAAGAUAAAACUAACAAUAGUAACAAUACUACUACAACCACCACUACAACCACCACAACCACCACCAGCACAACUCCAAAUGCCAAUACACCAUUAAAACCUAGAGCUCCAAGAGAAAAGCAAUUUAGAGAAAAAAAACAAACUGAAAGAAAACCAAAAUUGGUAUAUGAACCAAAAGUUAAGCCAACUAUAGCUACUCCUUCAAAUCCACCAUCUUCAACCUAA